CAGUCAUCUUUGUGGCAGCCAUAACGGCGGUAACGUGUAUAAAAUUCUUGUCUCUCUAUAAAAAAAAAAAACUGGCACCCAACGCGAGUCUCCUUAUUAUAACGGUAUUUUCCAUUCAUUUUAUUUAAAGGAAAAGAUAGGUUAUUCGAAGAUUUUAUUGGUAUUGUGUACAAGUGUGUUUUUGGAAAGUAGAUGGAAACUAUUGUGUUUUCCUAAUUUCCUUUUCCUUCCUUCAACAUUCUUGUUGGUUGUAAAUUAUUGUAGUUGCAAUUUUCUGCUAUUGUGACUUCUCAAACAGCUUUAAAGAACUAAUUGAAACUUGCAAGGGCAACGACAUAGUGUAUAUCUACUUUAGUGCGCGGUAGUAUAAUCAAAUUUGUCUUUUGGUGUUUGUUUACGGUUGGAAUAUACACAAAAGUCAAUUCGUUUCCCCUUCCUUUCUGUUUUCUUUUCUUGUUUUGUUGUUAUUUUUGUUGAAGAACUCGUCGGGAAAAACACAGGAAUAAACUCCCUGAUUCCACAAAUACCCCAGAGUUGAUGGUAAAAUUAUUUUUAGAAUCACUUUUCUUCUAGAUUGCCCCACAGCCAACGAAUUCCUCGUUCAAUUUCAAGAAAUCGUCAGUGUUUUCUUUUUUGUGUGUCGUUCGAGACGUUCAGUGCGUUUUCGUGUAUAUUUUUGGAAAGUUUUCGAAAAAGAAAACUCCUCACCUGCAUGACGACUUAGACGAAAAAAAAACGUCAGCAUACGACAUGUUAUUGUUAAACCAACCCGAAACUGUGUCCUUUUAACGUGAGUGUAAGUGAGUAUGGAGUGAGUGUAACAUUGAAAGUUUUCCUUUUUUUGUGUGUAAAAUUGUUUUGUGUUCUGCCCCUUCCUGACGUAUAAGUGUCCCUUUAAUGUCGACACAAGACAAAAUCAAUAUUAAUUCCUUCUCAUGAAUAAUAAUCCACUUAACUUAAAUACUCCGGAAGAGAAUGAAUAAAAAAAUGAAUUUGAACGAUAAAAGUAUUUUGUAGAAAGAAAAAAAAAAAUACCAUAAUAAAAGCAUAAAUAAACAACAAGUCCUUAAAUAAAGGACGAAAGCAAUUGAAGAUGAUACUGGUACUGGUAAUGGUACUCAGACCCGACCUAGAGUGAAAAGCCUCUUUCCAACUUUUUUUUUUGUGAAGAAAAUUCAAUUGACUUUUUGAAGUCGUUGAAACACAAGCAAUUCGAAUAGCUUCAAGGAUAACAAAAGCAACAACAAUAACAACAACAACAAAACAAAUAUAAUCAAGAACAAUGGAUGUUCUAUAAAUAAUAUCAUGUCAAAUGCAAUCAACUAUUCAACCACCCUAACCAACAACACCGUCACAGUGACAAUGAUGAUAAUGAUGAAACAAUUUAAAUAUUCAAACCAAAUACGCAGGCUUCAAUUAUUAACAAACAAAUUCGGCUGAAAUUAUAUAUGUAAACGGGAGUAGAUAGUAGAGACGCAACACAAAAUUGACGUCGUCGUACAAAAGAACAUACUCAUGUAGCAUAGAUGUAACUUAGUGACAUACAAAAACUUCGAGGACUUCGGGGAUCAAUUACCAAAAAGAAUAUAUAAUAUAUACACCAUCAAGACUGAUUUUUUCUUCUUUCCUCUUCAUUUAUAUAAAUGUACUAUUACAAAUUCAAUCAACUUCAUUUAGACGUUGUAUAUCCUUUGGAAACCAUUUAAACUAUAUUAUUGUAGCUCUCCGUUUUUAUUCUCCUGGGAUAUUUACAUAGUUCCAGACUUUCAUUAUACUCCCGCAACCAAAAACAAAAAAAAAAAAACAAAAUUGAAGUCGUCGCACUUGUAAAGGAAUUUUUCAGAAGGAUACAAUAGAACACAAAACUAUAGGCUAUAAGAUGUUGAUUUUUGUGGCAAUUUUCAUUAUCCAUGCUUGUAUUGCAGGCACGAUACCAGCUACACCAGAAAACAUCACAGUGACGUUCCUAACGCCAACCACUGUACGUGUAUCCUGGCAAACAAAUCUGCAUUCGGAAUUUGUCGACAAGUAUAUCGUAACAUAUAAGCCAACGGAUGAUAGUUACAGGGUUGUCCAGGAUGUCGCAGGUAAUAGUGAGGCUAUAAUUUUAGAUCGUUUAUCGCCUAGCACGCAGUAUUCCAUAGCAGUAACGGCUAUUAGGCUUGGAAAAAAAUAUCGCAGUAGGCAAAUUAUAUUUAGAACUCUAGAUUCUCCCAAGACUUCCCAUCAGCAGGACUUUAACGGAGCCAUGCCACCAAAUAAAGCCCUCAAUCCGGCCAUUUUUAUGGAUGACAUUAUAUCAACAUCGGCGAGCAAUUUUACCAACUCAACAACACAGAGGGAGCUUCCACCAAUUCGCGGCGUCGAAAUUGGCAUCGUACUCAUUGUAUUGAUGGUGUGGGCUGGAGCUAUAGCACUGUUCUUUAAUCGUUGGGGUAAAAUCAGGAUGUUGCUUCCCUAUCAGCCAGAUUAUAAGCAUGAACAACUGAAAGUACCGGGGACAGGGGUGUGCGCUGGAGGAGUGUGCACAGGCCAACAUUCGCAUCAGAAUAUACACUCUGACAUGCUCAUACAGUUUGACGGCGUCGAUUGUGGAGCUUUAACAUAUCAACCACUUCACUUGAACAGCCGUCACUUCCAUCUUCUUCAGGAUGAACCGUCUACCAGCAUUGCGGAAAGAUGCACAAGGAGUAGAAUUAAUUCAGCUAUUUUUGUUUCAUCCGAAGGCCGGGGUUUCGAUUCGAUCGAAUUUCUCCGGAGACAUGGUUCGCAGAGUGUACUUUGCAGGAAGGCGCGAAGUGCUGAGAAUAUUACCGACAACGAACGAAAGAAGAGCUUCUCCGAGAAUAGACAUUGGCGUACAGAUGAAGGCGAAGCACAGUCAUCUGCAUCAGGAGGCAAAGGAGGCGAAGCAAUAGAACUUAACGAUGUUGGUCCUGCAGCUGCCGUUGUAAGAAAUAAUUCCAACGGUAGCGGCGAUGGAAGCAAUGAAAUCACCACCCAAUGUACUGCUAUGACCUGCCAUUCGGCGACAGCAGUAACCACGGCUAAUGUCAUUGUGGGUAGCAUUUCCAUUGAAACACCGCCAUCACAUCUCAAAGAUGACAUUACCGUCAUGAAAAAACAGCAAUCACAGGAGGAUUCAGGAACGGCCACCGAAUCCGGAGAAGACUUUAAACAAUCUGUUACAACAACAGCCACAUCAACGACAACAACAAUACAACAACAACGUCCACGAAAACUCGUCCAUCAACGGUCUUCAAAUGCGUCCGGUAAUUAUAGUCAAUCCUCGCCGGGUGGCUCGCCACAUCAUAGCACUAAAAAUUUAAGCUUGAAAAAUGUAAAACAGCGAAUUAUAGCUUUGCCGAUGGUUUCGGUAUCGGGACCAUCACCACCGCACGAUAAGGACUAUUUGUAACAUUUACCAUCAGAGACGUUCAUUUAAAAUACAAUGUUUUAAACAAAAUAAUUUAUCAUAAUAAUAAUCAUAAUCAUAAUAUUGACCAAGGGUUUGCAACAUUUAUGUAGUAGGAAGAAUAAAAAUAAUAUCGGUUUGUAUAUGUAUUUUUGUUGAGAGUAUUUUUUUAUACUCUCAUCAAUAACAAUGAAUGUCUCUGAGUUACAUUACAUAGUUUUGUGGUAGAUUUUUUAUACAUGCAACCUACAAAUGAGGCGCCCUCCCCCCCAGGAUAAUGAUCUAAGACCACCAAAGUAGUAGUAGAAGGUAGUAAUAAUCGAGUAGUAGUGGCUAGUUUGUAUUUCUACGACUUUAAAAUAUUUAUAAUUCUUUUCUUUUUUAUUUAUUUUUUUUGUUUU